AGCUGGGCCACUGGAGGUAGAAAGCAGAAAGCGAACACUCAGCCAGUCAACACAAAGUUCUGCAGAAGGAAAGCCUCAAGUGCUCCAGCUUCACCGUGGCAGCCAUGAAGUUAGUCCCUGGUGACACUGCAAAAUGACUGGAAGAGAUGGUGCUGCUGACAGCCCAGAACCUGUCCCAGGUGGAAGUGUCUAGUAGUUACACCAUCCUCCGAGAAUUAGGCAGUGGUUCCUAUGGGCAUGUACUGAUGGCAGUCCACCAGCGCCAAGGUGCAGACAGAUGCGGAACGAACGCGCGAUGGCUGCUUUCUAGAGCUGCGCGGAUCCCGGAGCGAAGAAGCGUGUCUUGCACGCUGCAAGAAAACCACAGCAAGAUGGAGUCUUUUGCCACCACCGCCAUCCCUGCCUGCAGGAGCCAAACCACUCCUCACCUGCCGUAUCCCAGUCCUGUCUUGAGUAAUCAUCGUUACUAUGUCCUUCGUGGCGGCACUGACCCUGGACCUGGACUUAGAUCUGACCAUGAUCCCAGCUAGCAGCAUGGCCUGCAGGCCGGAGCUGCUCAAGCACCGGCUGCCCCACGCCGGUCACUGUGAGCUGCUAGCCGGGCCUGUGGAGGAGGGCUUUGCCCUCAACGUGGAGCAUCAUCGGCUCACAGGCGAUGGCUUCUCAGACUGGAUGACGGAGCGCACAGAUCUGGCCACGCUCCUGAGUGUGUCAGGGGAGCCCUCGCUGCUCUCACUGCCCUCCCCUCCCGCUCCGGACCUGGAGGCCAUGGCCUCACUGCUCAAGAAAGAGUUGGAGCAGAUGGAGGAUUAUUUCUUGGAGGAGUCACUCUCACCAGACCAGGUAGCACCCAGCACCCCUCCCUCUGAUGGGAAUUUCCAGUUUCCCUUUGGUGAUGGAUUCCAACCCCUGGACCAUCACUGCACACCUGCUCCCUUGCAGACCUUGGAUUCAAGUUGCUUUGAGUUACUGGAGCUCUAUGGUAGAGAGACACCUACUGAGCCCCCUUUUCAGGGCAGUGAUGUCCAUGUCCCAGUACAACAGCCACCUGCACCAGCACCCAAGGGGGACCGGCGCCAGAAGAAGCGAGACCAGAACAAGACAGCAGCCCUGCGCUACCGUCAGCGCAAACGGGCUGAACAUGAAGCACUAGGGGAUGAGUGCCAGGUCCUCGAGGCACGCAACCGUGAACUGCGUGAAAAAGCAGAAUCUAUUGAGAGAGAAAUCCAGUAUGUCAAAGACCUGCUCAUUGAAGUCUAUAAGGCACGAAGUCAGCGCCUGCGUACCACCCCUGAAGGGCAAGGAUCUGUGCCUUAAUUCUCUUUCCUUCCGCAAAAGACUAACCUCAGGAAGCCAGAGGGACUGGAUAUAGACAAGAACAGAAUAAGCAUGUAGGAAUAAUGUUUGGGAAGUGGUGGGGCUUAGUAUCUUGCAUGAUGCUCUGGAGGACAGGGCCUAGUAGGUGAAUUAUGAAGACAGUUUCAGAGUUGUGAGGCUAAUGGACUCUGCAUAGAUAAAGGGUAGAAGGGAUUCCAUUUGAAAGAAACAAGGCUGCUGGAAUAGAAAAGGCUCAUGAUUCUGGUGUAGGCUUUAUCAGAAUAAAACCUCUUUCACUUCCUUUUUCUAUCACCUCUCACCCCCACAAGGGAAAACAAAUCCCAGGAACCAGAUGACAGUCUCAGAGCUUUGAGAUGUUUUUUUUAUGUAUACUUCAUAGCAUUUGUUGCUUGUGCUACUUUUUCCCAACUAUGCAUGAAUAAACAUUUGUUUUAAACACUUA